AUGGUCGACGUCCUCACCGAUUCAUUCCUCGCCUAUCCGGAACACGUACUCAUGUGGGGCAGCGACCGCAAGAUCAACCGCACGCUCAUGGAGGCAACUGUCGCCAACGCAAUCGCCAACCACCGUGUAUGGCUUGCUGAGACAAAGGACGACAUUGUCGGGGUUGGACUAUGGACCGAUCCCGGCGCCGUGUGGAUAUCCGAGGAGGACGUCCCUGCCGUCUUUGGGUCUGUGAUGGGGCUGGUCGAACCCGAGUUUCUCCAAUUCAUGCUUGGGGACAUGCUUCCUGGACAGGCUGGGAUUGAGGAGAAGUACAUACCUGGCUGUGCAACUGACUCGUACUUUGGCGCGAUUCUUGGUGUCGACCCUAAGGCGCAGAGCUGCGGCGUCGGCGGCAAGAUCAUGGCCGACAUCAUCAAGAAUGCGGGCGACGUGCCCAUCAUGUUGCACACGCAAGGCCCCAAGAACCUCCACUUCUACGGCAAAUACGGGUUUAAGGUCGCGGCCAAGCACGAGUUUGUGCUUCUCAGCGGCGAGACGUGGCUGGACAACCUGCUGGUCCGUCGACCGGACGGGUCCGUGUAA